AUGACGAAAACUAUCUAUGGGGAAACAACGCCACAUCCCAACAUUGCUGCAUCACUAUACAGCAUUGGACAAUGUUGGAGCAAGCUUGGCGAUCAGAGGAAAGCUGUCAUUUAUCACGAACAGUCACUGAAGAUGAGAAAAGCUAUCUAUGGCGAAACAACAGAACAUCCCGACAUUGCUGCAUCACUAAGCAACAUUGGGGCAUGUUGGAGUUACCUUGGCGAUCAGAGGAAAGCUAUCAGUUAUCAUGAACAGUCACUGAAGAUGAGGAAAAUUAUCUAUGGCAAAACAACACCACAUCCUGACAUUGCUUCAUCGCUAAACAACAUUGGGGUAUGCUGGAGUGACCUUGGUGACAAGAGAAAAGCUAUCAGUUAUUAUGAACAGUCACUGGAGAUGAUGAAAGCCAUCUAUGGCAAAACAACUCCACAUCCCGCCAUUGCUUCAUCACUAAACAACAUUGGUAAAUGUUGGAGUGAUCUUGGUGACCUUGGUGAUCAGAGGAAAGCUAUCAGUUAUCAUGAAGAGUCACUGAAGAUGAGGAAAAUUAUCUAUGGCAAAACAACACCACAUCCUGACAUUGCUUCAUCGCUAAACAACAUUGGGGCAUGUUGGAGUGUUCUUGGUGAUCAGAGGAAAGCUAUCAGUUAUUAUGAAGAGUCACUGAAGAUGAGGAAAAUUAUCUAUUGUGAAACAACAGAACAUCCUGACAUUGCUUCACACUAAACAACAUUGGGAAAUGUUGGAGUGACCUUGGCAAUCAGAGGAAAGCUAUUAGUUAUUAUGAACAGUCACUAA